GACAAGCGCCGCGCAGUACAUUGUGACCUAUGGGAGAUGUGAUACAGGACGACUGGCACGGAGAGACUAAAUCCAAUUUACACAUCACCAAGGAUUUCUAAAAUUAGUUGAUAAACGAAUCUUGGCAUCAACUUUAGUAGAGGUCAGACACCGUGGUUUGAUUGUAACGCACUAUUAUUUUGUCGGUAUUACGACCGACAAAAACGAUUGUUAUUCAAGUAGCGUAAAGUUUAACGUAGUUUAAAAAGUGUCGAAAGAGUCAAAAACAAGUUAACCAACUUUAGCUUUAAAAAAAACAAAAAUGGCCAUCUUACAUUCAGUGAUUUUAUUUUUCCGGUUGCUGCAGUAAUUCCUUGAUUCUUUGACAACAUAUUAAUACUUUCAAAUAGCAUAGGGUUUUAGUCAUAUAAUUCGUGACCUAGUUAUUUUUUUAAUUAAAAUUUUAAACUAUUACUUAAAAAAAUAUUAAUAAUAUUUUCAUUUUACUUUUAAAGUUUCACAUUACAUUUACUGAAAAUAGCCUCGAUUAAAUACUGUCAGAUAGGGCCUAUAGCUGAAAAUCGUUACUGCAGAAAGUGUGAAAUUCUCCCAAAAAGUGAGCUUUGAGUAUUUAGCUGCGAUCCCGGGAUACCUCAGCGGUCUGUCUCUGGCUUCGUCUGCAGUUUGCGCUGAUGGGACGUCUGUGGCUCCUGGGGCUCCUUUUCGGGGCAUCGCUUUGGCUAAUCCCCGGUCUGCAGUUCCGCUACCACAACACGGUGGAAAUGGAACAGUAUCUGAAAUCGGUCAUUAAGAACUAUCCAUCUUUUACGCACUUGCAUAGCAUUGGGAAAUCAGUGGAAGGGAGAGAACUCUGGGUUCUUGUUCUUGGUAAGUUUCCCACAGAGCACAAGCCUGGCAUCCCGGAGUUCAGAUACGUCGCAAACAUGCACGGUAAUGAGGUGGUGGGGCGUGUUCUGCUGCUUCAGCUGAUUGAGCACCUCGUCAAGAACUACCUGAGGGACCCCUUGGUCACGCUUCUUCUCAACAGCAGCCGCAUUCACAUCCUACCCUCCAUGAACCCGGACGGCUUUGAGGCCGCUGUCCCCGGCUGCCUGCGCACCAAGGGGAGGUACAACAAACAUCGCGUGGACCUCAACCGGAACUUCCCAGACGCCUUCAGCAGGGGCAAGGAGCAGACGCGUGAGCCAGAAGUACAGGCAGUGAUGGACUGGCUGCACUCAGAGCCCUUCGUGCUGUCGGCUAACCUGCACGGGGGCGCUAUAGUGGCCAGUUACCCAUAUGACAACAGCAACAAAGGAAUUGAGCUGCAGGGAGGGGCCAGCAUCACGCCCGAUGACGACGUCUUUGUCCACUUGGCCAAGACCUACUCUUUCAGCCACACGCUAAUGCACAUGGGCAAGCCCUGCCAGGGCUCCACAGGCUUCCAGGAUGGCAUCACCAAUGGGUAUCGCUGGGUACCGGGAGGGAUGCAAGACUACAACUAUAUCUGGGGCCAAUGUUUCGAGGUGACACUGGAGCUGUCUUGCUGCAAGUACCCCUCUGAAAAGAUGCUGCCUGGAUUGUGGGCAGAGAACAAGGCUGCACUUCUGGCCUACAUGCAGCAGAUCCACCUGGGUGUAAAGGGGCAGGUGUUGGAUGCGAACAGACUCCCAGUUGCAAACGCACUGGUAGAGGUGCUGGGGAGGAAAAACCAGUACCCUUUCAAGACAAACCAUAACGGGGAGUUUUACAGACUCCUACUGCCUGGCAACUACACCCUAAAGGUGACAGUUGAAGGUCAAGCCCCAAUGAUAGAGACACUCUCCAUUCCAUACGGACCGGACAGGUUCUCUGCACUGAUACAUAACUUCGUCCUUCCUGGGCGUCGGAGAGACCCUGACACUGUAGUCCCGACUGAUUCCGGGAAUGCCAAAGAGUCGCACUUUACACCAAUCCACGGUGCCAGCCUGCUCAGUAGAUACCUCACAACUCUUCUUAUACUGGUGCUAUGUCCAGAGCUGCUGUGAGAGUAAGUGUCUGGGAUCUGGGAAGCCUGUUUCAUCGCCCCCCCCCCAGCCUGAGCACAGCUCACCAUAGUGGAACAAACUCAUGAGCUUCUACUGAAGCUAGCAAGUAGAAAAGAGAGAGAUUUUUAAACAUCCUCCAGGCUCUGGGAUCCAAAAGUCUACAAGUGCUGUACAAGCUAGACCACUGAACUGAUAUUACGUAUAAAAAUCAGUUGAUUCCUCGGAAGUCAGUGUUUUCCCACGUAAUUCACUGGAAAAAAACAAAAGGUUAAAAUGUUAAAAUGAGUUUUGGUUGCAGAAAAGUUGCUUAUCUUAGCUAAAUAACUAAUAAGGCGAGGUCGCAAGUUUUCUACACAGAGAGCUUCUUUUUAACUGUGUUUUUUUUGCCUUUGCAGUCAUGUGAUCACACUCCCCCAUCUUCCAACACAUUUUUAUUCAUUAUUGGAGGAAAGCAUGAAAGUCAGGGGAGAUAUUAACAUCACUAAUAACUUAUAAACAGAUUUCAUUAUCCGGGAACUUUUAGGAGACCUAAAACCGAUAUAUAUAUAUAUAUAUAUAUAUUUGUGUCCGGAUAUAUUCUUUUAAUAAUUUACUUUGUUAAAACAUAAUGUUAUUCACAACCUAGAAAAGGAAUUUUCUUCCCAGCUUAUUUGAAUGUUUUUGAUAUUAAGUAUUAUCAGAUCUUCUUCCAAAAUCUUAAAACAAUAGUAAAGAAAGAUGUGCCAGUCAGUCAGUUUCUCUGAGGAUAAAAUAAUCCAUUAUCACACUCAAUAACUUAUCAAGUCAAUACAUUAUACAGUAACAUGGUUACAUUUCAGGCACCUCUAUACGAAUCUGCUUUGGUUUAAGUUUUAUUUGCCACAUACAUGUGUAGAGAAAUGGUUUCCCCACCAGCUUUUUGCCAUGUACUCAAUGGGAAUAUGUAAUAAAACAAAAAAUAAUAUUAAAAGAUAUAUAUAAAUAACUGGAACUUAUUUAAAUCGGUUUAUCUGUGUUGUGUGAAUUUUCUGUUGAACAUACUCUGACGACACGUCCUGAUUCCAUCCAUC